AUGCUACCUGCUUCUCAAUCUACAACGCCAGAAAAUACUGUUGAUGAUUGUAUCAUAUGUUUGAGUGCUCUUGCUCAGGGCACUCCUCUUUUGACGUUGUCUUGUGGUCAUAAAUACCAUUUCCAAUGUCUAGCAUCGAACAUCAAAGCACAAAAUAAAGAAUGUCCUUUGUGUCGUGCUAAAAUUGAAGAUUCGGUUAUUCAAACAUUUGCACGCCCUGUUCAGCUGUCAUUACAACAACAACAACCGAUUAGACGUCCACCUCGUGACGUUGUUCCUUCGGUUGAAGAUCUCAUCGAUGAGGUUGCUGUACGAGAACUUAGCGAUCGUCUUGCUUCUGCUCGCCAGACGGCAAUCACUUCAUCUAGUGAUACUGACAAUCUUCCAUUGGUAACUGUUUCAACAACAUUAGAAUAUGAAGCUCAAGCUUCGCAUGAAGAAUCAAAUAUUUAUGGCCUUGUCACUCUUCAAGCACCAACUGUUAUCCAACCGGUAGAGGCCGAAUCGCUUGUGCAGUCUCAUAUUCCAAUUGAUCUUGUUUGUGUUGUUGAUCAAAGUGGAUCGAUGUCAGGUGACAAAAUAGCCUUAUUGAAACAAACUUUGAUCUAUAUUGUCGAAAAAAUGAAUGAACUUGAUCGGCUGGCCAUUAUUUCAUUCAAUACUACCGCUUUUGAUCGUUCACAUGGUCUUAAGCGGAUGAAUCAACAAAACAAACAGAUCGUGAUUAAUGCGAUCAAUACUGAUAUUACCAGUGAAGGUGGCACUUAUAUUGGAAGUGGACUACAAAUGGCCAUCAACUCAUUCAGUAGUCGUCAAACAAAAAAUCCAUUGAAUGGUUUGCUCUUACUUACCGAUGGUCAAGACAAUGACAGUCAUGACUACACGCAACUAAUGCAAACUUUACCCAGUGGUGUUCAAUGUCACACAUUUGGUUACGGAUCCGAUCAUGCGGCUUCAUUAUUAGUGCAGUUAGCCGAGCAAGGAAAUGGCGGUACAUUCACUUAUAUUGAUGAAGAACACGCUAUAGGUCCUGCAUUUGCAAUGGCUCUCGGUGGCCUAUUUACAUGUGUUGCGCAGAAGCUUCAUAUCAACAUCGAGUUCACUGAAGGCUAUAAAAUCACUCAUGUCCAUUCGAAAUAUAAAUAUGAACCUGAACAAUUGCCCUCAGCCAAACUUAAUGUCAAGUUGCACGAUUUGAAUGCUGAAGAAAAGCGGAACUUUGUUUUUCAAUUAUAUGUACCCAAAUGGGACAAUAACGAACAAAAUGUAGACAUGACUAGUCAACAACUAAUGUCUUUGUCUCAAUCUUCAAAAGAAAUACAAUUAUUUAAAAAUCAAAUCAUUGGUAAUGUAACCGUCGUCUACAUCGAUCCCAAUAGCCGUCGCGCAAUAACAACAGAUCCAGUUUCGUUCAAUUUAGUUCGAAGUUCUCAUCCUCCAUCUGAUUUGCUUCGCGUCAAUCAUGUGCUUGAUAUACAACGAAAUCGUGUAGAAACAGCACAUGCACUGGCACAAGCAAUGGCCGAGGAUAACUAUCGACAAUCACGUAAUAUUCUCAAAGCUCAAGUAGAGAAGAUCAAGACCAGUGUAUCUGGACAAGAUCCUUUCUGUCAAAAGUUAAUUAAAGAUCUUCAAUACCGCUAUUCAUCAGAACGUGCUUAUCGAUCAUCACAUCAAAAUAAUUAUGUAUGUCAUGGAACGGAACGUGGCACAUACACACCGGCAAGCAAUAUAAGCUCACGACAGUAUGUUAGUUUCAAUCAACAGCAAAUGGUUUUUGAUUUUGUAAAUAAUAAAACUUCAUAA